GGCGAGCCCGCGCCGCCGCCGCGUAUAAAGCGGCGCCCGCCCCGGCGCUCCGCAGUCAGCCGCACCGCCACUCUCCCGCCGCGCCGCACCGGGAGCAGCAGCAGCAGCAGCAGCAGCAGCAGCAGCGACAGCGACAGCGACAGCGUCAGCAGCAGCGCCGACCCCCGCCCGCCCCGCCGACGGACACCGCGCAGCGCCGCCGAGGAGAAGCGCCCGGCCGGCACCUCGCCUCGUCUCACCUCGGCUCAGCCCUCCGCCGCCGUCCGCCCGCAGCCCUCCGCCGCCGCGGCAUGGCCCCCGCCAGCUUCGCCGUCGCCCUCCUCCUCGCCCUCCUCAGCCCGGAGGCGCGGAGCCAGGAGUGCGGAGGGCAGUGCCAGUGCGGCCCCGGGCCCGGCCCCGUCUGCCCCGCCGGCGUCUCCCUGGUGCCCGACGGCUGCGGCUGCUGCCGCGUCUGCGCCAAGCAGCUGGGCGAGCUCUGCACCGAGCGCGACCCCUGCGACCAUCACAAGGGGCUCUUCUGCGACUUCGGCUCCCCCGCCAAUCGCCGCAUCGGCGUCUGCACCGCUCGCGACGGCGCCCCGUGCGUCUUCGGCGGCAUGGUGUACCGGAGCGGCGAGUCCUUCCAGAGCAGCUGCAAGUACCAGUGCACCUGCCUCGAUGGGGCGGUGGGCUGCGUGCCCCUCUGCAGCAUGGACGUCCGCCUGCCCAGCCCCGACUGCCCCCACCCGCGGAGGGUGAAGCUCCCCGGCAAGUGCUGCGAGGAGUGGGUGUGUGAUGAGGCCAAGGAGCAGACCGCCGUGGGACCCGCACUCGCUGCUUACAGGCUGGAAGACACGUACGGCCCAGACCCAACGAUGAUGCGUGCCAACUGCCUAGUGCAGACCACUGAGUGGAGUGCUUGCUCCAAGACCUGCGGCAUGGGCAUCUCAACCAGGGUCACCAAUGAUAAUGCCUUCUGCCGGCUGGAGAAACAGAGUAGACUUUGCAUGGUCAGACCUUGUGAAGCGGACCUGGAGGAGAACAUCAAGAAAGGCAAAAAGUGCAUUCGCACCCCCAAAAUCUCCAAGCCCAUCAAGUUUGAGCUGUCUGGCUGCACCAGCGUGAAGACCUACAGAGCUAAGUUCUGUGGUGUCUGCACUGACGGGCGCUGCUGCACACCCCACAGAACAGCCACCCUCCCCGUGGAGUUCAAGUGCCCUGAUGGGGAGAUCAUGAAAAGGAGAAUGAUGUUCAUCAAGACCUGCGCAUGCCACUACAACUGCCCUGGAGACAAUGACAUCUUUGAGUCUCUGUACUACAGGAAGAUGUAUGGAGACAUGGCAUAAAGCCAGAAGUAGACGCUAACUAGAUUCUCAACUUGAACUGAUUUGCAUCUCAUUUUGUAAACACGAUUCAAUAGCACAAGGUAUUUAAAUCUGUUUUUAAGUUCAACAAACUGCUCCAUGUGACUUAAGACAAUUUGUCUGCUGACCCCAAACGGUGGUCAGGAGGAGAAGGUAAAAUGGACAGUGGGACCACAGCAAGACACAACUUCUGAACAUGCUGUUCAUGAGGUGGUGUGAAGGGGUUAAGGGAAACAUGCAGGAAAACCAGAUCCAAACAGAUGUUCCCUUAAUGUGGUGCCGCAUGUUUCACCUAGUAGUGCAAUUGAGGAGACUCUUAGCAUGUUUGCUGACAUGGGUUUGGUGACAGCAAGAGCUGGAGUGCAAACCCUCAAGCAGCAACGUGCUAUGCCGAAGGUGUCCUGUUAGUCAGGACAGUAAUGUUUCCGCUUUGACGCUCUGAUUCCUAUGGCUUGGUCAACAAGAAUCAGAAUCAUGUCUAUUAGACUGGACAGCUUGUGGCAGUUAAUUUACCUGUAACAAGCUACUUUUUAUUAAUAUUGUAAAUACUGUGUGUAUAUAUAUUUGUACAGUUAUCUAAAUUAAUUUAAAGUUUUGUGCCUUUGUUUAAUGCUUUGAUAUUUUAAUGAUAGCCUUUUUUUGGAACAAGAUAGGUAGGAUCUAAAGCUUCUUUGACAAUGCAUUCAAAGCAGGAAAUGGAUACUCUAGUGGAAAUUGUUCAGAUAGGGUGAAGUGGUGAAUUGAAAUGGAGAUUUGUUAGCAUUGAGGUGCCUGUAUCCUUACCAAGCACUCAUCUGUUUAGCAAAAUACAUUUACCUCAGCUUUAAUGAAGAAGUGGCUUAGAGGAAAAUAGCUCUCUUGUAGCUAAUUGGUCUUUCCACUCAAGAGCAUUUGUUUCUUUCUUUGACUAUGGCUAUUCAUUGGACAGUUUAUGUGUUGAGAAGUGUGACCAAAAGUUACAUGUUUGCACCUUUUUAGUUGAAAAUAAAGUAUUUAUAUUUUUUAUAUAAA